AGAACAUCGCAGCUCUGGUCUGUCAAACCACGAUUUGGAAUUCAACAUACAGUGAAGGCCACUAGGGGGCAGGAGAAUCGCUUGGUCCCUUCGCUGGCUUUCGAUCCCGAAGGAGAAAACUUUUUCUUUUCUUUUUCAUUGUCAGUGUGUACACGUCAUGGAAAGUAUUGCACUCGCCUCGGACCGACAAGUCGCCUAAUCGUGACGAUGAGGCCGGAAUGAGAACGGCGUGGAGACUCAUUCACGACGGACCUUUCCCACUGGAAGAAAAAUAGGAGAGAGAGGAAGGAAGGCGCUUUUUUGUUGUUUAAGGAAGCGACUUUACAAAGGAAUCGUGUGUCACCCACAAUGCACUAGGGAAUACGAACUACUCGUCUCCGAGUCGGACGCCACAGCUUGUCUGCUGACUUUUGUUUUGGGGUGGGGGAUUGUUGUUGUUUCACUUGUCUUGGAGCUUCGGGGGGAAAAAAAAAGAAGGGAACCGGCAAGGCGCCAGGAUGAAGGCACGCGCCCGGGUGUCAGCGGUGCUCUCGUGAACAUGCCGCCGACUGCGCCUCGUAUUAUCGGGAGGCCUGGCUGGAGGUAAAGUCGCUGCUGACGUGACGCUCUCACCCCCGUUUUUUUUUUUCCGUCCUGCCGCCGACUCCGUGGCUCGCGUCGGGUAACGAGCCGCCAGUGCAACAUGAAACGCAAGCGGAGAGCGAUCGCCUGACCUGUCUUUGACACGAAUCCGCCUUUAUUUUUGUGAAAUCGCACGGUAACGGGACGUCCGUGUCGGGUUACUCAGUUAGAUGAGCUGCGCCUCAUUUUCAACACGUCCCAAUAACAAGCGGAUAGAAUCGUGUGAGAGCCACAGGACAUUGGUGACACCCUGCUGAUCCCAAGGGUUUAAACACACUGACAUUUAUUGUUGUUUUUUAUUUUUUGUUCACUUGGAGCAAAGCCUACUUUCUGCGGGCUUGAGCAUUCCGAAAUGUAAAAGGACAGUUGAAUUCCAUGACUUGUUCGUGAUCAUUCCGAAAUUUUAAAGUGCUGACUGUUUGAUUUCUUUCGUUUCUUCCUAGACGGGUGACCUUUACAUAUUUUGUUUUUUUUUUUUGAGAAAAGUAACUUCAACAAAGCCUCCCCGUCCAGUUCCUCUCUGCUGUUAUUUAUUUAUGAGGAGGGCCACUGCAUAUCACUUUUUGCUCAGCAGGAGGCUUGCUGAACGUUUUGUUAACUUUAUCUGAAGCCUUAGAUUUACUGGAAAAAGUAACCUUUUUGGCAUAACCAUGUCUGUAAAAGCCAAGGCACUUUACAGCUUCCAAAGUGAAAACAAAGAGGAGAUCAGUAUUUAUGAAAACGAGGAGCUUGUCAUAUUUGAUGAGAACUCCCUGGAUGGAUGGCUUCAGGGUCAGAACAGUCGAGGCGAGAAGGGCUUGUUUCCUGCUAGUUAUGUGGAAAUCAUUAAACCGCAGUCUAAUUGUGGCUUUGUGGACUACUCCGCCAGCCCAUCUAGCAGCAGUGAUGCAUCCUUCUUCAGCGCUGCAAGUUCGCCGCCUUUCUACCAUCAACGAGGAUACGAUGACGAGGAUGACGACGACUGGGAUGACUGGGAUGAUAGUUCCACUGUAGUGGAGGAACAGUCUAGACCAGAGGAUGGCGCCAAUGGAUAUUCCAAGCCGCAUUUUGCCAAUUCCAGUGUGCAGUACAGGGUUAAACCCACCCUGGAGCAUCAGGACAGUAUAUCGAGUUCAAAGAGGGGUAGUAUGGUGGGUAAGAAUCUGAACCGCUUCUCGAACUUUGUUCGAUCAGGCGUAGAGGCCUUCGUUUUGGGGGAUGUGCCAGUCAUUUCUAAAAAUGUAGAAUCAUACACAAUUGAGAUGAGCGGGCAAGGUCCACAGUGGAAGGCCAAUCCUCAGCCGUUCAUGUGCUCCAUUGAGGAGCCCACCAAACAGACCAAGUUUAAAGGUAUUAAGACCUACAUUUCCUACCGCGUCACCCCGAGCCACACUGCAAGGCCAGUUUACAGACGCUAUAAGCACUUUGACUGGCUUUAUAACCGACUACUUCACAAGUUCACAGUCAUCUCUGUGCCUCACCUACCUGAGAAACAGGCGACGGGUCGCUUUGAAGAAGAUUUUAUUGAAAAGCGUAAGAGGAGGCUCAUCCUCUGGAUGAACCACAUGACCAGCCACCCGGUCCUCUCACAGUAUGAAGGCUUUGAGCACUUUCUACAAUGCGGCGAUGACAAGCAGUGGAAACUGGGGAAGCGUCGAGCUGAAAAAGAUGAGAUGGUAGGCGCAACUUUUCUGCUUACUGUCCAGAUUCCGACUGAGCAUCAGGACUUGCAAGACGUGGAGGAGCGUGUUGACUCGUUCAAGGUGUUUGCGAAGAAGAUGGACGACAGCGUUCUGCAGCUCACCAACGUGGCUACGGAGCUUGUCCGCAAGCACGUGGGUGGCUUCCGCAAGGAAUUCCGUAAGCUUGGAAAUGCCUUCCAGUCAGUGAGCCAGGCUUUUGGUUUGGACCCACCCAACUGCUCCGAUGCCCUCAACAAAGCCAUCUCGGCCACUGGCCAAACGUACGAGGCUAUUGGAGAAUUGUUUGCAGAGCAGCCCAAGAAUGAUUUGUACCACAUGCUGGACAAGCUGUCUUUGUACCAGGGUUUACUGUCCAACUUCCCAGACAUCAUCCAUCUUCAGAAAGGUGCAUUUGCCAAGGUGAAGGAGAGCCAACGGAUGAGUGAUGAAGGGAAGAUGGACCAGGAGGAAGCAGAUGGCAUCCGUAAGCGGUGCCGGGUGGUGGGCUUUGCACUACAGGCGGAGAUGAACCACUUUCACAAGCAGCGAGAAAUUGAUUUUAAGGAAAUGAUGCAGUCCUACCUGAAGCAGCAGAUUGUUUUCUACCAGCGAGUGGGGCAGCAGCUGGAGCGCACCCUGCACCUCUAUGACAGUAUCUGAUCUCCUGAUGUGCGUCACAGUUCCUUCUAGAAAAUGUACACUUUGAACUACAGUUGGGGCUUCAAUUAGAGUUUCUAGCUAAUGAAAGUUCCUUCCAGUUAGCCUUACCCAUUCCUUCCACCCUCGCUAAUAAAACACAUCUGUUGCAGCUGAGACUCCCAUAAGUGUAAAGCUUGACAUGAGCUGCGCUUGUAUAUAUAUAUAAAAAAAAAAAAAAAAAGCUCUGGGAAAAUUUGUGACAUGUAUUCAUCUUGAAAUUCUGUGCCUCUUUUAAUACUACUUGCAUUCUGAACUGCUAACGGUUUACUAAUUAGAUGGCUACGGAAUCGGACAAAUAAUGGAGCCUUCAGAAAGAAUUCAGGCCCCAUUCCCUUUCUACACGUCUUAAUUUGCGGCCUUGCGCUAACAUCAUUUCAAUUUUGUUUUUUCCCCCCUCAUCAAGCAACUCUCAACACCCCAGAAUGACAAAGCAAAAAACAGCAGAUGUAUUAAGAAACUAAAAUGUCCCGUUGAUGCAAGUCUUCAGCCCCUUUACGCAGUACUGUGAAGAAGCCCCUUUGGCCGUGAUUCCAGCAACAAGCUUCACGUAGGAGAUUUUCUGCCAUUCUUCUCUGCAAAUCCUCUCAAGCUGAGUCAGGUUCGAUGGAGACCAUCGGUGGACAGCUGUGUUCAGGUCUCUUCCAGAGAUGUUCACUUGGGUCCAGGCUGGGCCACUCAAGAACAUUCCCAGAGUUGACCCUAAGACACUCCUGUGUUUUGUUUUCUUGCGUGUUUUAGGUCAUUGUCCAGUUGGAAGGUGAAUCUUGAGGCCAGUCUGAGGUCCAGAGCACUCUGGAGCAGGUUUUCAUUUCGGACAUCUCUGUACUUUACUCCGUUCAGUUUGCCCUCAGCCCUGUCUAGUCUUCCAGUCCCUGCUGCUGAAACACAAACCCAUAGCAUGAUGCUUCACAUCUGGAGUGGCAUUGCACAGGUGAUGAGCGGUGGAUGGUUUCUUAGAAGUGAGGCCAGACAGUUCACUCUUGGUUUCAUCAGACCAGAGAAUCUUGAUUCUCACAGUAUGAGAGUCACUUAGGUGUCUUUUUGCAAAAUUAAAAGUGGGCUUCCAUAUGAGGAGAGGCUUCUGUCUGGUCACUCUGCCAACAUCUCAGAUCUGUGGAAGUGUUGCAGUGAUUGUUGUCCUUCAGCAUGCUUAUGCCAUCUCCACACCUGCUUAUCCCGAGUAGCCAUCAAGUUCUUGGUGUAGUUAAUGGCUCUUCGCCCCUGACUGCUCAGUUUGACCAAUUCUAGAAGGAGUUGUGGUUGUUCCAAAUGUUUUAGAAGUGUGGUGACCACUGUACUCUUAGGAAACUUCAGUACUGCAGCCAUUUUUUUUGUAGCCUUCCCCACAUCUGUGCCUCAACACUGUCCCGUCUCUAAGCUCUGCUGGCAUUUUGGUGGGAACCUCUGUAGACCGUUCUGUGCCUUUCGUAAUCGUGUCCCAACAGCUGAAUGGAGCACAGGGGCUUUCCAAACACCUCGAGGAUAGAAUGGGGGGCACACCUGAGCCAGAUUUCAAGUAUAGGGGUCUGAUUACUUGUGUCGACGUGAUUGCUCUGUUUGUUUUCAUAUAUUUGCAAAAAAAUUUCCAAAACCCUGUUCCCGCUUUAUUUUGGGGUAUUGCAUGUUGCUAAAUGAUUUUAACAUACGGCUGCAAGGUUUUAAACAAAAA